AUGUCGAAUUCAUCUGAUACGCCAUGGACCGAGGAGGAGAAGAACACUCUGCUCAGCGAAAUCCUCAAGAAGGCGGGUAUUCCGUCCAGUUAUCUCCUUCGCAUAAUCAAUGAGUUCCGUAUCAGCCCCGACUGGGAGCACAUUCCCUUGCCUCAAGGCCGCUCGCUCAGUCAAUGCAGAUUGGCCUUUGAAAACAUGCAAUUGCAAUUGAAAUCGCAAACACCGUCACAACCACAUCCGCAAGCCCAAGCGCAAUCGCAAUCACCAUUCCAGUCUCAUUCACAGCAACCUCAGGCUCAAGCUCCAGCUCCAGCUCCAGCUCAAGCUCAACAUCAUCAUCAACAUCAACACCAAUAUCAACAUCCGCCACAUCCCCCACCACCAACUGCUCCGCCAACAAUAGUCCCAAGUUCCCGUCUAGAAGCCCCGGGAACACCCUCCAGCAUAGACGCAAACCUUCGCAAACGACCUCUCUAUCCCGCCGAAAAACCGCUCGCUCCACGCGCAAUCCAACCCCGUCCCCCAGCAAGCACAGCCUCCUACAGCAGCGAAAGCUCCGCCCAACUAUCCCCACGGCUCGACACAACGUCAACGGGCGAACCACCCCGCAAACGCGGCCGACCCAGCAAAGCCGAGACCGAACGACGCAAAGCCGCCGCCGAAGCUCGCGGCGAGACCUAUCCACCCCCUCGUCGCGCAAACCCAAACCGCAUGAAGAUCCCACCUUCACCAACGAGUCCAGCAGGUCCACCCAUCGCAGCGUUUUCAACACCGAAAGCGCCAGGCCCAGCUACAAUACCACAUCCCGUUCACGGGCCUAACGCGGGCUUAAUUCCAUACGACGUCCCCGGCCCCAGACCCCUCGCCCCAGCAUCGUCUAUUCCAGGCAGAAGUUCAACGCCAAGCUCCAACCCAAAUCCAAGCGAACGCCGCGAUAUACCAACCCGCAGCAUGGGCCCUAAUAUGCGUGAACUGCCCCGGCCAACGGAGAUGGGCCAUCCAUUACCCUCCCCGCAUGCCCUGCAACUAGGAACCUUGCAAUUGGGGCCUCCGGACCCCUUCCCGAGGUUGAAUAGUAAUCCUGGCGAAAGGAGUGCUUAUGGUGCUAUUCCGCCGGAUCGCUUUUCGCCGCCGGAUAGUGGACGCAGAGACUCGGCUGCUAGUCGGGGUGAACGCGAGCGGGAACGGGAGGAGCUGGCAUCGUAUGCUGAGGCGAGGAGUAGUACGACGCCCGGUGAGAAGCCGUUGAGAUAA